AGAGAAUAUCUCGCCCGAAUCCCAAUCGCUCCAUCCGAGCCGCCACGUUUUGUAGGUGAUGAAAUCCAGCCGUCCACGUCUCCAUCGUGAAUGAUCCACGUUGAGAUGCGCCAGAGGUACGGCCCAAUGGGUGCCUCGUGUACCUGGCGCUCAUCGGACGGUGCUUUGUGAUCCAACGGUGGGCGUUGAUCGGCUUGUUCUCGAGUAUUAAUAAUGGACCCCUCCCCACGCGAGUUGUUCUUCCGUCUUCUUAGUAUGACGGAAAAUCAUAAAGAGAUCCCUGAGGAGGGGGAUUUCGUAAUAAUGAGUGGGACUGAGGGGGUUUCUGAAAAUAGUGAUCUCGGAUCCGGGCGGUGGAGGCGGGCGGAGAUCCGGCGAGGUAGAUCCGAUAACGAUCGCGAGUUGGAGACUGGGUCCGCCGAUGAGAACAUGAAGCGGAUCCGAGGAGAGAACCAGAGCUCCGACGACUCCUCGUCGGGAGAGCCGUCGUCGUCGUCGUCUUCGUCGACGUCCCACGUCUCGGCGCCUUCGUCGGACUCUGAGACUAUCGUCGUCUACGGCGACGGUGGACUGACCCGUGCUUCGGUGUCGGUGGUGGGGAGAAGGAGGGAGAUGGAGGACGCGGUGACCAUGGCGCCGGGAUUUUCCGAGGGAUACGAUUUCUAUGGGGUUUAUGAUGGUCAUGGCGGAGCGAAGGUGGCACGUGUGUGCAGGGACAGGAUGCACGUCGUGCUGACGGAGGAGGUGAGGGUGGGAGCUGAAGACGAGGUGGGGUGGAAGGAGGCGUUGAUAGCGAGUUUUGCGAAGGUUGACGGGGAGGUGGUUGAAGCGGUGUUGAGUCCGAGGGCUGAGGAAAGGACGGUGGGGUCGACGGCGGUGGUGGCCGUGGUGGACCCAAAGCGGAUCAUGGUGGCCAACUGCGGCGACUCGCGCGCGGUGCUCUCGCGCGGGGGCGUCGCCGUUCCACUCUCGACUGAUCACAAGCCUGAGAGGCCAGAUGAAAUGGAACGAAUUGAAGCAGCUGGAGGAAGAGUCAUCAACUGGAAUGGUUAUCGGGUUCUAGGAGUACUAGCCACUUCUCGCUCUAUAGGGGAUUACUAUCUUAAACCAUAUGUGAUAUCUGAACCCGAAGUGACAGUGGUCGACCGGACUGAAAAAGACGAGUUCAUUAUCCUGGCAACCGAUGGACUAUGGGACGUCGUAUCAAACCAAGUGGCUUGCAAGGUAGCAAGGCAAUGCCUCAGUGGGCGAGCAGCUAAGAUGUUCCCUGAGGCGGUGAGGGGCCGUACUGCUGUGGAAGCAGCAACAUUGUUGGUUGAGCUUGCAAUGUCUCGAGGAAGCAAAGACAACAUAAGUGUUGUUGUCAUCGAGUUGAAGAAAUUAAAAGGAACCAAGACCUCGCGAGGUUCUUGAUUGCUUGAUGCCGCGCCUCGUCUGUGUGCUUUCGUAUUAUAGGUAUGUUCACGUGUAGCAGCUAAGUGUUGGUUGUGUUUACUAGAGAUUGUGACCACCCGUUCACCAACCAAACUAUGCUCUUGCCUCUUAUCUUCUUUGUUUCCCAGUUUCUUGGUGUUUGCAAAGAAGAGAUAUGUUAAUGUUCCUCAUGCCAUGUUUCAGCUUUGUGUUCUUCUCUACCAUGUUAUGUGCAUCAAAUCAUGUUUCAUCAUGCUAUGUUUCAUAUUUGUGUUCUCUAGCAUGCCAUGUGCAUCAUAUUUAUCAGUUAUGGUUUACAGAGUGGCAACUGACAACCCAUUCUUCAAUUGGAUUAAAGAUGGAAUUCUAUUAGAGGAAGCUGGGUGUAAACCAAGAGAUCAGAAA